AUGAGCACCUUUGGCAGCCCCGGCGGCAGGACUCAGGUCCAGAAGCCCAUCCCACCGGAGCGCGGAUCCUUCCCGCUCGAUCACUUCGGCGAAUGCAAGUCGGUCAUGACCCAGUACCUGCGCUGCAUACGCGCCCACAAGGGAACCAACGACGACGAGUGCCGUCAGAUCUCCAAAGCCUACCUGCAGUGUCGGAUGGAGCGAAACCUCAUGGCGCCCGAUGAGAUGAAGAACCUCGGAUUCCACGACGACUCCAAGCCCACGCCCGAGCCACAAAGCAAGGGACCCCCACAAUAG